UUUCUAUUAAGAGGUACACAAUUGCGCGUGCGUGAAUUUGCUAGUUGUUCUUUCUUCUUGACCCGCAAAAUUCACCCCGCUCUGGUUUGCUUUUGCGAAUCUUAAUUUUUCAGGUACAGUUUUUCAUGUCACUCCAUACCACACCGUAUUUCUUCUAUAGUAACCAUGGAGGACGUUGUCCGGGUAGCGUUACUAUCUUGUGGCUGCAGCUAGCUAAUCACCAUCUUUGCCACCGUGCGUGGCCAAGUGGUUUUGCCCACAACAAGGCCAGCUGCGUUGUGUGUUUAUUAGUCGCCCUAAACAAAAAUGUGGACGAUCUAGCUAGAUAUUAAACGCUGUCUUUAUUUGUUUGUUUUGUUGACCCUCAGAAUGCAGCAAAGCAACACUCCUAGGCCAUCUUAUGGCGCUCCACCACAAAAGAGGUCCAGGAACGCUAAUGGAGGGGCAAACAACAGGGUAAGUCAGUCUCCCAUGGUAAUCAUGCCAAUUGUCCCCAGUUAUAUUAGGUUAGGAUUAUAGUUGUAUUUCUAGUCAUUCACAACCCAGAUGAAGUUGAUGAAUCCCAUCCUGAAUAGUGUAUAUUGUGAUAAAAAGGAAUCCAAAACAGUGGUUUUGAGAGUAGUACUGUGUACGUACUCUCUGUGUAUGGUCUUCUAACCUGUUUAAUUCCUGAAGUUGUGGCAGUGGUAUGGACCCUCACUAGCCGCCCUUGGCUGGACACUGCUGGAGUAGCAGGGUCUGAUCAGAGCUCCCUGGUCUCCUAAGACUUAGUGUUUCUGUGGAGACGCAGCUUGCUGCACUGCCCCUCAAUCAGGGCUUGAGUUACCCCAUGACUACUGGAUGCUAAAGAGUAUUGUGGGCAGCAGGAAUUCCAGUUAACUCUGUUACCAAGUGUAGAAGGGCUGCGACUAACGAGGGUAACAGGGGUUGGGUGUUUUCUCUGGGCAAUCCCAUGCCCUCUUUCUAUUCAGUGGGCUGUCAGUCCCCAUAGCUCAAGUCAUUUAUUUUCCUGCUGCGUUAUAAGCACUAGGGCUCACUGGCAGCUUGGUUCUAUGAUGCCCUUUGUGACAGAGCUAGAUUCUGAUUGGAACACCUGACUAGAGUACUUGUACUUUCGUUUCAAGAGUUCCCUCAUGUCACUGACAGGGUCAUUGAGGAGAGGCUGAAAUAAUAAUAAUAAUAUGCCAUUUAGCAGACGCUUUUAUCCAAAGCGACUUACAGUCAUGCGUGCAUACAUUUUUUUUGUAUUGGUGGUCCCGGGGAUCGAACCCACUACCUUGGCGUUACAAGCGCCGUGCUCUACCAGCUGAGCUACAAAUGACCUCUCUCUCUCUCUCCAUAGAGACGGGAGUGCAGUAGGGUUCUCCAAUGUUUUUCUGCUGUGUUCCACCUGAAGCUUUUGCUUAAACCAAACCAAUGUUUCUGUGCUGUGGUCCACCUGAAUCUUUUGCUUAAACCAAAUCAAUGUUUCUAUCCAGAACCCUAUCUUAAGCUGCAACCCUCUAGGGGGUCCUGACCCACUGUUUGGGGAACAGUGCAGUGGGGUUUACCCCUCUGCUGCCUCCUCCUGUCUCACUAAUGCCUGUCUGUCUCUCUCUCCUUCGGCCUGGUUAUCCCAACUGACAGAGAAAGCAGCCUAACUUCUCUGCUGACAUAGGUAAGUUCUGCCUCCACACAGCAUCGCUGCCUCUGAUAGGAGGUUGGGAGCUGUGACUUCACUUUUUUGCUGGUGGCUGAUUGGGCAGGGGGCAAGUCCAAGCGUGGGCUCUGGGCGCGUCUGAGAUUCACUGCCUCUUAGAGGUCGCUGUAAAUGCUAGUCAACUUCAAGUCACUGUCCACGGCCUUAGGCUGUGUGGCUCACAAGGGCUUUUCCCUAGUGUUCAUUUCAAUGACUUUCUGGAAGGUCUGUCUUUGAUACAAUGUGCACAAAUCUUUUUAGAUGCAUUAAAAGUAGUUUUAUUUCAUAAAACACUUUGGUCCAUGAUUUACAGUCUGAACAAUGCUAGAAACCACAACCUCGAACCUGUCCUCAUAGGUGUGCAGGUGUUCUCUGCAGUCCCGUAGAGCUGUUGCACCAUAUUGUUGCAGGUCAAAUCACUAAGGGUCCUGUCUGGGUCAGAUGUUGUGGGGCCACAUGACUGCCGUGCAUCACGUUGGUGGUGGAUGAGAUCGGAUACUCCAUCCCCAUGCAAUUUAGGGCUAUCAGCCCCCGGCUAAAACAUGUGGCCUCAUAGGCCUAUAGUAGUUCAGAUGGGAAAUGGAUGCUGGCAGCAGGAUUUUCUUUCGGGGCCUUUGUGGCCCUCAAAGAGUAGGAAGUGUUUCUCUCAAUUCACUGCCUGCCAAUGGGGCUGGGUUCCUCUGUGCUCAUGCAAGAGUUGCACUGCUUUGAUUGGACACAGGUAUGGAGCAGUGCCUGAUGGAAGUGAGAGAAUCCUAUAGCCCAGCUCUGACCUGUGUCUAGGUGGGUAGAAGAACUACAGCCCCCAUGGUUUUCAGCAGGCCUCCAUACCUCAGAUAAGCUUCUCUUCUCUGUCGUGGUUAGUACUAUAACCCUUGCAUGAAACAGGCCCUGGUGUGCCUUCCGGGCAACCUUCUAAUGAAUCUCGUGAAGGUGGGGCUCGAAUUGCACACAGAGAAUCAAAUGAGGAAGUUAUCUUUGAUUACCAGCAUCUUUGAUUACCAGCCAGAGCAGGUGAUUCCAGAACUCCCAACCAAUCUGUGUUUUUAGCAGAAGCUAACCUAGCGCACAAAUGUUAAGGAUUCUUACCAGAUGUUGUCGAUGAUGCGCGGCUGGAAAUGGGACUCAGAGGCUCAGAAGAGCAGAGAUUGUGUUUCUAACUGUUGUUCAGUAAAUGAAGGACCACUAAACUCCACUAAAAGUCUUUUGACUGGGGGUUUGUGUAAGGAAUGCACACUGACAUUUUUAAAGCUAUACCUUCUUUUGAAGUAUACCUGCAGUGUUUCACUUCCUGAAAUAUGAGGCUCUUUGGCUAUUGGCUGUCUGCUGGUCAGAUGACUGGACGCGUGGACUCUUUGGUCUCCCCUGUCCGUGGGCAGGAUGGCGAUCUCAUCAUGCAGUCUCUGCCGUGUUUGCGCUUUGUGUGUUGACUUCUGUGCAUUUCCCAGUGUUCACCACCAAGGCGGGAAAGGUCCAGACCAUCCCCUCCUUGACCAAACAGCUGAAGGCCAUCACUGGUGAGACAGUCAUUGGUGAGUACCUACUCCAUUGCACCAUGGUAGACGCCCUAUGCCCAAAGGGUCCAAGAGGUUUAAGUCAAGUCACUUCAUUGCACUCUUUCACUAAUAUAGGCUUCAUGGGGCUCUGUGAUUGGUUGUGGAUUUUUCCCUGCCCAUGGUUGGUUGUGUGAGCUGUCACUCGUGUCCUGCAGGUCUUCAAUAUGUGUGGGAGUACCGCAGCCCCAGUAAGUCAGUCCCGCCCCACUACCAGUGUAAACUCUGCAAGGUGAGCCAUCUGCAGACUGACAUGCUGGCUCACAUCAAGGGCUGGAAGCACUCCUUCAGAUACAUGGUGAGGCCCCGUGUGUGUGUCACUGUAAACUUUCACAGUAAAAGUCCCUGUAAAAGGCUGUUGGAACUACAGGUCUGUGUUAUGAUGCUGUAUAACUGUAUGGCCUCAUCUGUUCUCCAGAAGCAAAACCAUUCUGCCAAGAUGCCCUUUGCGGAGAAUGCUGCCACAAAGGACCAUGAAGUGAGGAAGAAGGUGAAAGAAGCAGCAGCAGAGCUGGAGAAGGCAGAGGGCAGGGGACAGCUAAAGGUGAGAAGGGGGAGAGGGCAGGGGACAGCUAAAGGUGAGAAGGGGGAGAGGGCAGGGGACAGCUAAAGGUGAGAAGGGGGAGAGGAAGAGAAGACACGGCAGACUGUUGAGAUGCGUCAGGGGGAAAUAUAUUGCUGUUGGUUAUUGACUUGAUUCUGUAUGAUCUUUCAGGUGAUUCUGAAGGAGCCCAGUGAGGUCCAAGCGUUCGCAGGACUACGUACGUCUUUCUGUUUAUUCUCAAGUUAUUGUAUGCCUGAAUCUCGUUGUGCUCAGUCUGCUUUUAGAUGUACUGUGGUUCUGACGUCUCUCCCUGUCAUCACAGGUUCAGCAAUCCCCAACAUGGGGCCUCCAGGAGGGAUGGGAACCUAGAGGACCAAAACCAGGUGAGAGCGUGUGUGGGGAGAAGUGGAAGGUGAUAAUCUCCCGUGGGCAGAUUCUGAAUGUAGACCGAGAUAAUCUGCAAGGACUGAAUGGGAUGCGUGAGAUCCGAGCAGCAUUAGUUCCGGUUUUGUGUUUUUCGUCACUGGUUAUUUGUCCGUAUCGGGAUUGGGCGAAGGCGGUGCUUAAACUGCUUUGCCUCGAGUCCUUUGCGCGUUGAGGCGGGCUUUAGUUGAGAGUUUCCAUUUGCUAGGGUUGAGACAUCCUUUUGUCGUAACUCUCAAUUUCUAACGCGUAUAAAUACAGAAGUUAAUCACGCAGCUGACCAAAUUACACAAGAUUUUACUUCCGGGUUAACAGAGAUUACUGAGGUGAUAAGACUUUUGUUGUGAGCUUGACUGGGGUAUGUUGGGAUGCAGUGUUGUUUACUAGUCCAAAUGCAUUAUUUUGUCUCCCUCCAGGUGGCAGGUUUGCAGAGCCUCUGUUCCCAGGGGAGUUCCCUCUCCAAGACGGCCUCCUCGACUACCCCAUGGGUGGUAUGGGGGGCUACUCUGACCCCCUGUCUCGCUCCAGCUUCCGAGGCUACCCUGACAAUAUAGGGGGUCAGAGGCUGGGUGGUUCAGCCGAUGGCUUUGGGCUGGGAGGGGGAAGGGACGGGGGCUUUGGCCAGGGUGGGCUGUUGGGGGAGAGUCCGGGAAGCCGCUACCCUGAGGAGUUCAGAGGGGGACAGAUGGGGAAUGGAUCAGGUCAGGGGUUGAUGGGAGCAGUACCAGAAAGCAGCAGCCUUCCCUCUACACUGCUCAAAUACCUGGUGGGUGGAACCACUUGUGUGAGACUACGCUUUCUCGUGUUAUUUAAACGUGCUGUGUGUUGAGUGUCUGAUUCCUGUGUGUAGGACAAUUUCCAGAUCGAGAAUGAGGGCGAUGCUCAGAUCGUACUGAAGGUGACACAGAAGCUGACAGACGUCCUGAUGGACUACAGACUUAGGAGUGUUUCCUCGGUAUGCAACGCACACACACACCACGCUCUAUGUCAGCUGCAGUACCAGUGUAACAUGCAGCUCUCAGGUGCUUCCUGCAACAGGAACUGGUGACGUGAGGGUAAAUGGCAGACUUGAUACAGAGCCCUGUAACCCACUUCCUGUCUGGCUGUGUGUUCAGUCACUGAUUUAUUGCUGUUGAUUAUGGCAUUACAGGGUAGUGCUCUAGAACCUUCUGUGUUCUCUCCCCAAAUGCAUCCUAACAUCCCACCUCCUCCUUACUGUGGCUAAACCUGUUCCUAUUGUACUCCCAUAGAUGUAAGGUAGAUGAUGUGAUUCAGGAAACCACAAAGAAUUCCUCAGUAGUUGGUCGCCUUUGAUGUUGUUCUUUAUUCAGUGUAUGUGCGUUUGUGUCUCCAGCAGGGUCCUAGUAUGAAGAGCAGUUCGUCGCUGGGCUCCAUGAGCUACUCCGAUUCACCCAGAAUGUCUAGCGGUAGUGACCGCUUCUCAGGUGGCCUCUCUGGGAACCUCUCCGGUACGCACAGCCUCGGUCAACAAAUUAAAUACACACACGUCCAGCCUUUUAAUGGCUGUAGUUUUGUUCAGAAAUAAUCUACAGUACAUCAGUCAUCUAUUUUAUCUCCUCUCUGCAGGCCCUUCCAGAUACUCUGAUGGUCCAUCCAGGUACUACAACUAACUGAUCCAUCCCCACGUGACACAACCAUCUUCCUGGGGUAACCCAUCCACCACCUCCGCCUCACCCCCCCAAGAUAUACCCUGAGAGUCCAUGGGGUCUGCAGCUGUCUGUCUAGCCACUGAACAGAGGAUUUGUUUUUUUUUAUAGUUAUAAUUUUCCUUCAAAGCAGAAACUCUUAAACAAUUGUGUACUUAUUAGUGCAGACUUUGUUUUUAUAAUAACUUUUCUUUUGACAUUAAUAGGUUAGACCAAAGUUUGACUUUUAGUUUUAACCAUUGUCUGUAUUCGUAUGUGAUUUUGGUAAAUAUUUUACUGGGGUUUCUUGGAUAUAUCUUGUGUUGUGUUUAGAAAUUACGUUUGAGAGAAUAAGUGUCAAAUGUUUAGGGAAAAAUAUGUUUGGAGGUAAAAGGGUUACUGACGUACUGAAUGCUGUUUAAGUUGGUCAUCCUCGUUUUCUCCACAUCCGGCUACACCUGCGGGAUCAUCUGAGA